AUGUCGCAACCAGUGACUGACUCGCUGUCGCGCGACGAAGCGCUCUUCCACUUCGCCAACAAAUGCCAACAAAAGCUCUUCAUUUGGCGCCAAUUCGAGGACUGUUUCAAAUGUCCGCUCGUGUUCUGGACGGCGAUCGACGCCCAGAGCGAAGUCGUGGUGAAGAACUCGACGAACGACGCCCUCUGGUGGGCGAUCACCGAAACCAAGAAUUCUUCCGAUUAUUUGCUUUCGAAAGAAGAGAAGAUUUUCUGCAAAAACCAAAUCUCGCCGAAAGACCAGUCGAUCCACAAGAUCUCCAUUUCCGGCGCAAACCACAACUUCUCGUGCGAAACACAGACCCUCGACGACGGCCGCAACAACGCCUGGCCGCUGGUCGUGGCGGCCGCGGUCUACGUCCUGCUGGCCGUCCUCUUCUACGGCGGACGACGUCUGUAUUGGCGCUACAGAGCGCGUCACGUGACACAGAUCGCGAGCGAAGAGCCGGACGACAAGAAUGAGGACAAACGGCGGAAGCGCUUGAAGUCGUUGGACUGCUUUCGAGGAAUCACCAUUUUGAUGAUGAUCUUCGUCAAUGUGGGCGCCGGCGGCUACGAGUUCCUCGACCACGCCCCCUGGGACGGCUUCCACUUCGCCGACAUCAUCUUCCCGUGGUUCAUCUUCAUCAUGGGCACCACCAUGGCCAUCUCGCUCAAGAGCCAA